AGUGUUUUCCAAUUUCGGAAUAAUCUGACUUGUAUUAAUUUUUAUAAUGUUGAAUUUUACAACGUACUUCUGUCGUUUUAAAUAAGUUACGUUCUUUGAGGUUUAUUGUUUUUGAUUUCAUUUGUUGAAAAUUAAUCCAACGUCCAGUUUCGAGGCUGGUGACUUUACUUGAAAAAAAAAAUUGUGAGUAAUAACCUCAGUGGUUCGUCGUACGCCCGUUCUGAUUUGAAGAAAUUAAUUAAAAUAAAAAGAGAAAUACGUGUAGGUGUUUGAUGAUCGCUUUUCAGCCUUUCGGAUUUACACAUUUUUUUAAAAAAAAUCUAGAAUGCAAAUACUUUCACGCGGAGAAUCUGUGGCGGUGUCUCAUUCCCUCCCAACUAUGUCUUCAAUAAUCUUUCAAUGGCAACAAUAAAAGCGACAAUGGAUUGAUUGAGAGGGAGCCUCGGUGUGGACCGAUGCUAGGGCGGCAACGACGGCAUGUCCCUGUUCAAAGUGAAGGACCAAUGGCUGACGACCUGCGGGCAGGACGAGACCUUCGACGCGAGUUCAUUGGCGGUGGCCGAUCUCAACGGCAAAGGCUCCGACCAGAUCAUCGUCGGCAGCCACAGCGGGUAUUUGCGGGUCUACGAAUGUGUUGCCGAAAACUCCGCCGAAAUCGAGUAUACUCCCGCCUGCCUCCUCAUCGAAACAUAUUUGGAACAACCUAUCCUCCAGGUUGCCGCCGGACGCUUGACGAGCGGAAUAAAAGAGCGUCAUAUUGCAAUUUUGCAUCCUUACAAGGUUGCAGUCUACGCACUCUCCAUCAUCGAAGGAACAGUGGAACACGGGACGGAAACACGGUUGGUAUUGAUGUACGACCACGUGCUGCUGAAAUCAACAUACCAGUUGAUUGUCGGUCCUUUCGGAAGCGUGAGGGACCGCGAUUUCCUGUGCGUCCAGUCUCUGGACGGUGUUCUCCUCUUUUUCGAGCAAGAAACUUUCGUCCUGAACAGAUCCUUGCCGACGUUCCUGCUUCCGUCCCCUAUCUGCUACGUGCCUCAGACAGACUCUUUCAUCGUUUUCAAUGCUGAGUGGACUCUUGAAAGUUACAGUUAUCAGGCUCUAGGAGACAGCUCAGAUCGGAAGUUGAACCCAUCGUGGCGGUACAAUUUAGGUGAGCCGAUCUUAGACAUCCAGAACUUGAUAAUGAAUAUGAGAGAAUCAGCAAUAUUCGUGUUGGGCGAGAGGAAUCUCUUCUGUUUCAGUGAAGUCGGACUCAUGCGAUUCAUGAAGCGGCUGCAAUUUACACCCAUGUGCUUCCACCCUUAUUUUAUAGCUGAAGGAGAAAAACUAAUGGUCUUAGUGGUGAGUGAUACGGAAACAGUCCUGGUGUACGAGAAAACUGUUUUACGAUGGUCUGCCCAUUUGUCUUUAUCACCAGUGGCCAUUUCAAGAGUGAAUUUCAAGGCUCUUAAGGGGUUGAUCGCGGUUUUGUCCGAAAGUGGCGAGUUGAGGUGUGGAGUUUUGGGCACGGAGCCUUCGCUUUUUGUCGCCCCACCGUUGAAGACGAAAAGCGCGACUCACCAACAAAAUGAGACAAAAUUAAAGCAGCUAAAAGAAGAGAUUAAAUACCACGCAUCUGCAGGAGCAGAUCUUCGAAAUAGUAGCAGCACUUCUACAGACAGUGAGCUGAAGGCGUUGUAUAAGUGUGUCUUAAAUUCCGAUGAGAAUACUUGUCAAAUACUACUGGAACUAUCCCCGAAGUCCUCCCUCAGUGAUAUUCAAAUUUCAUACGAGGCAACACCACCGAUAUGUUUUCACGCACCCGUUCAAAAAUUGCCCAUUCUUUGUGAUAAAACUAUGAUAGAAAAUCAAGUGGUACUAGACUACAACUACGAUAUCGCUGUUCCCAGCUCCUGCGAACUGCUAGUGUUUAUAAGUUACUUCAAUAGUAGCGGGCUUCCAAAAGUUCUGCGACAAUCGACGAAUGUGCCAGAUCAAUUUAUUUUUGAUUCAUUUUUUUCUGCGAACGAUACCUCGCAAAAAACGCCUGGCGUGUCCACAAUAGGCAACUUGCUCAGCGUCACCCUGACUGCUGCUCAAUCUAUUGCUCUUCCAAUUUUGUUCUCAGAGUUCGUGAACGAUAGGUGGGAGGCGGCAGGAUGUACCGAUUCACGCGCCGAUUUCAUGAUCCGCAGCCCCACAGGAGAUGAGACUCCUCUCAGAUUCACAGUCAGCUUGGAGGAAGGUGCCAAGUACAAAAUUGAAUCGAAUUCGACGGCAUGUCUCUCGCUCGGAGCCCGAAGUCUCGUAGAACGGUAUCAGCGACAUCUGCUUAGCGAAAAGCUCUCUCGAAGUCAUUCUGGGAACCAGCCGCUGACCUACAUGUCACAUUUACCCGUGGAUAGCUUCCUCAAAGUUGUCGACAAAUACCAUGGACUUGUUACUCGGCAAAAAGAUUUAGAGACUGAAUUGGCGGAACUCACUUGCCAGAGCAGAGCGGUGCAGAAGCGGUUGUUGAUCAAACUCAAGGACAAAAAAAUCGACUCUCUAAGAAGUCUCGAGUCCCUCCACGAGGAUACGCACUGGAGCAUUUUGAAGCUCUCCCGAGAAGUCGAGACCCUGCAACAGGCUGUCAAGGGCUGCAGUAGUGAAUUACACGGAUUCCUAGGACUGUUGAUUUUUCUGCUCAGUUUAACCCCGCACAUUUCGGACGAGGAGUUGAAGGACUUCGAACUGGCAACGUCUUCCACUUUUUAUAAUUCAGAGAGUCAGAAUUGGCUUGAUGUAACUUACUCUGCACUACAAUAUAUCUUACAAAAAAGCGAGAAGUCGGACACUUUCGUGGCGAAACCUUUCGAAAAUAUUGAAGAGUUUAAGCAGAUCUUGAUGCAAGCAAUCAAUAGAUUGAGCAAAGGAAUUGCACAUCAGAUUUUAGAAGAACAAAGAGGCGUGUUUCCUAUCCUGGAAACUGACAACGAGGAGGAAUCAGCCGACGAGACUUCGCUCACGGCUCAAAAACCCUUCAACAGCCAAGCAACCGGUGUAAUGAAAUUGUCACCUGUCGCCGAAACAACGCAACCAAAUUCUCUGGAUGAGAUAUUUUUUUGACACAAGCAAAAUUCGGGGCCUACGCAUAUACUCACACGGGUGGGAUCUAUACAUACCUUUUUUGUAUCAUUCUUUUUGUAUCAUUUUUCUCUAGAAGUUUUUAAAAGUCAUAGCAAAGCUCGUGUAUUCUUGAUUUUUGCUUAUACCUUAUAGAUGUUAAUUAAUAUUUUUAUUGAAAACUUUUAAUAAAACAUUUUCCGA